CCGCAGCCGCCGCCCGCCCUCCCGCCGCUGCCACCUCCAGCGCCAGCAGCCGGGCCUCAUCGCCCGCCGCCCGGUGCCCGCCGCCGCCCGCGCCGUCCGCAUGGCGCUCCGGGGCUUCUGCAGAGCCGAUGGCUCCGACCCGCUCUGGGACUGGAACAUCACGUGGUAUACCAGCAACCCCGACUUCACCAAGUGCUUUCAGAACACGGUCCUCGUGUGGGUGCCUUGUUUUUACCUCUGGGCCUGUUUCCCCUUCUACUUCCUCUAUCUCUCCCGACAUGACCGGGGCUACAUUCAGAUGACACCUCUCAACAAAACCAAAACUGCCUUGGGAUUUUUGCUGUGGAUCGUCUGCUGGGCAGACCUCUUCUACUCUUUCUGGGAAAGAAGUCGGGGCAUAUUCCUGGCCCCAGUGUUUCUGGUCAGCCCAACUCUUUUGGGCAUCACCAUGCUGCUUGCUACCUUUUUAAUUCAGCUGGAGAGGCGGAAGGGAGUUCAGUCCUCAGGGAUCAUGCUCACUUUCUGGCUGGUAGCCCUGCUGUGUGCCCUAGCCAUCCUGAGAUCCAAAAUCAUGACUGCCUUAAAAGCGGAUGCUCGGGUGGACCUGUUUCGUGACAUCAGUUUCUAUGUCUACUUUACCCUUGUGCUCAUUCAGCUCGUCCUGUCCUGUUUCUCAGAUCGCUCACCUCUGUUCUCGGAAACCAUCCACGACCCUAAUCCUUGCCCGGAGUCCAGCGCCUCCUUCCUGUCCAGGAUCACCUUCUGGUGGAUCACAGGGUUGAUGGUUCAGGGGUACCGCCAGCCCCUGGAGAGCAGUGACCUCUGGUCCUUAAACAAGGAAGACAUAUCGGAACGAGUCGUGCCUGUUUUGGUAAAGAACUGGAAGAAGGAAUUUGCCAAGUGUAGGAAGCAGCCCGUGAAGGUCGUGUACUCCUCCAAGGAUCCUGCCAAGCCGAAAGGGAGUUCCAAGGUGGAUGUGAAUGAGGAGGUGGAGGCUUUGAUCGUCAAGUCUCCACAGAAGGAGUGGAAUCCCUCCCUGUUUAAGGUCUUAUACAAGACCUUCGGGCCCUACUUCCUCAUGAGCUUUUUCUUUAAGGCCAUCCAUGACCUGAUGAUGUUUGCUGGUCCGGAGAUCUUGAAGUUGCUCAUCAACUUUGUGAAUGACACCACGGCCCCAGACUGGCAGGGCUACUUCUACACGGUGCUGCUAUUCGUCAGCGCCUGCCUGCAGACCCUCCUGCUGCACCAGUACUUCCAUAUCUGCUUCGUCAGCGGCAUGAGGAUCAAGACCGCGGUCAUCGGAGCUGUCUAUCGCAAGGCCCUGGUGAUCAGCAAUUCAGCUAGAAAAUCCUCAACGGUCGGGGAGAUCGUCAACCUUAUGUCUGUGGACGCUCAGAGGUUCAUGGACUUGGCAACUUACAUUAACAUGGUCUGGUCAGCCCCGCUGCAAGUCAUCCUUGCUCUCUACCUCCUGUGGCUGAACCUGGGCCCAUCUGUGCUGGCUGGAGUGGCAGUGAUGGUCCUCAUGGUGCCCUUCAAUGCUGUGAUGGCGAUGAAGACCAAGACCUAUCAGGUGGCCCACAUGAAGAGCAAAGACAACCGGAUCAAGCUGAUGAAUGAAAUUCUCAAUGGGAUCAAAGUGCUGAAGCUUUAUGCUUGGGAGCUGGCAUUCAAGGACAAGGUGUUGGAUAUCAGGCAGGAGGAGCUGAAGGUACUAAAGAAGUCUGCCUACCUGGCAGCCGUGGGUACCUUCACUUGGGUCUGCACGCCUUUCCUGGUGGCCCUCUGCACAUUUGCUGUCUACGUGACCGUUGAAGAGAAGAACAUCCUGGAUGCCCAGAAAGCUUUCGUGUCCUUGGCCUUGUUCAAUAUCCUCCGGUUUCCCCUGAACAUUCUCCCCAUGGUCAUCAGCAGCAUCGUGCAGGCGAGUGUCUCUCUCAAACGCCUGAGGAUCUUUCUGUCUCAUGAGGAGCUGGAACCCGACAGCAUCGAGCGGCUGCCUGUGAAAAACGGCGGGGGCACGAACAGCAUCACUGUGAGGAAUGCCACAUUCACCUGGGCCAGGAGCGAACCUCCCACACUGAAUGGCAUCACCUUCUCCAUCCCGGAAGGUGCCUUGGUGGCUGUGGUGGGCCAGGUGGGCUGCGGAAAGUCGUCGCUGCUCUCCGCCCUCUUGGCCGAGAUGGAGAAAGUGGAGGGGCACGUGGCUAUCAAGGGCUCUUUGGCCUAUGUGCCACAGCAGGCCUGGAUUCAGAAUGAUUCUCUCCGAGAAAACAUCCUUUUUGGAUGUCAGCUGGAGGAACGGUAUUACAGGUCCGUGAUACAGGCCUGUGCCCUCCUCCCAGACCUGGAAAUCCUGCCCAGCGGGGACCGGACAGAGAUCGGUGAGAAGGGCGUGAACCUGUCUGGGGGCCAGAAGCAGCGCGUGAGCCUGGCCCGGGCCGUGUACUGCAACUCUGACGUUUACCUCCUCGAUGAUCCUCUCUCGGCGGUGGAUGCCCAUGUGGGAAAGCACAUCUUUGAAAAUGUGAUUGGCCCCAAGGGGAUGCUGAAGAACAAGACGCGGAUCUUGGUCACGCACGGCGUGAGCUACCUGCCACAGGUGGACAUCAUCAUCGUUAUGAGUGGCGGCAAGAUCUCUGAGAUGGGCUCCUACCAGGAGCUGCUGGCCCGGGACGGUGCCUUCGCUGAGUUCCUGCGCACCUACGCCAGCACAGAGCAGGAGCAGGACCCAGAGGACAACGGCAGCACAGUGAUGGGCGAGGAAGAAGCAGGGGUCACGGGCAUCAGCAGUCCAGGGAAGGAAGCAAAGCAAAUGGAGAAUGGCUUGCUGGUGACGGACAGGGCGGGGAAGCAACUGCAGAGGCAGCUCAGCAGCUCCUCCUCCUACAGUGGGGACAUCAGCAGGUGCCACAACAGCACCGCAGAGCUGCAGAAAGCAGAGGCCAAGCAGGAGGAGACCUGGAAGUUGAUGGAGGCUGACAAGGCGCAGACAGGGCAGGUCAAGCUCUCUGUGUACUGGGACUACAUGAAGGCCAUCGGACUCUUCGUCUCCUUUCUCAGCAUCUUCCUUUUCAUGUGUAACCACGUGGCUUCGCUGGCUUCCAACUAUUGGCUCAGCCUCUGGACUGACGACCCCAUCGUCAACGGGACCCAGGAGCACACGAAAGUCCGGCUGAGCGUCUAUGGAGCCCUGGGCAUUUCCCAAGGGAUCGCUGUGUUUGGCUACUCCAUGGCUGUGUCCAUCGGGGGGAUCUUCGCUUCCCGCCGUCUGCACCUGAACCUGCUGGACAACGUCUUGCGGUCACCCAUGAGCUUCUUUGAGCGGACCCCCAGCGGGAACCUGGUGAACCGCUUCUCCAAGGAGCUGGACACGGUGGACUCCAUGAUCCCGCAGGUCAUCAAGAUGUUCAUGGGCUCCCUGUUCAACGUCAUUGGCGCCUGCAUCAUUAUCCUGCUGGCCACACCCAUUGCCGCCGUCAUCAUCCCGCCCCUCGGCCUCAUCUACUUCUUCGUCCAGAGGUUCUACGUGGCCACCUCCCGGCAGCUGAAGCGCCUCGAGUCGGUCAGCCGCUCCCCCGUCUAUUCCCAUUUCAACGAGACCUUGCUGGGGGUCAGCGUUAUUCGGGCCUUCGAGGAGCAGGAACGCUUCAUCCGCCAGAGUGAUCUGAAGGUGGACGAGAACCAGAAGGCCUAUUACCCCAGCAUCGUGGCCAACAGGUGGCUGGCCGUGCGGCUGGAGUGUGUGGGCAACUGCAUUGUCCUGUUCGCCGCCCUGUUCGCGGUGAUCUCCAGGCACAGCCUCAGCGCUGGUUUGGUGGGUCUCUCCGUGUCUUACUCGUUGCAGGUCACCACGUACUUGAACUGGCUGGUCCGGAUGUCAUCUGAGAUGGAAACCAACAUUGUGGCGGUGGAGAGGCUCAAGGAGUAUUCCGAAACUGAGAAGGAGGCCCCCUGGCAAAUCCAGGAGACAGCUCCUCCCAACAGCUGGCCCCAGGUGGGCCGAGUGGAAUUCCGCAACUACUGUCUGCGCUACCGAGAGGACCUGGAUUUUGUUCUCAGGCACAUCAAUGUCACCAUCAACGGGGGAGAAAAGGUUGGCAUCGUGGGGCGGACGGGAGCUGGGAAGUCGUCCCUGACCCUGGGCUUAUUUCGGAUCAAUGAAUCUGCCGAAGGCGAGAUCAUCAUCGAUGACAUCAACAUCGCCAAGAUCGGCCUGCACAACCUCCGCUUCAAGAUCACCAUCAUCCCCCAGGACCCUGUUUUGUUUUCGGGUUCCCUCCGCAUGAACCUGGACCCGUUCAGCCAAUACUCGGACGAAGAAGUCUGGAUGUCCCUGGAGCUGGCUCACCUGAAGGACUUCGUGUCAGCCCUUCCUGACAAGCUGGACCACGAGUGUGCAGAAGGCGGAGAGAACCUCAGUGUUGGGCAGCGCCAGCUUGUGUGCCUGGCCCGGGCCCUGCUGAGGAAGACGAAGAUCCUUGUGUUGGAUGAGGCCACAGCAGCCGUGGACCUCGAGACAGACGACCUCAUCCAGUCCACCAUCCGGACGCAGUUCGAGGGCUGCACCGUCCUCACCAUCGCCCACCGGCUCAACACCAUCAUGGACUACACAAGGGUGAUCGUCCUGGACAAAGGAGAAAUCCAGGAGUACGGCGCCCCCUCGGACCUCCUGCAGCAGAGAGGUCUCUUCUAUAGCAUGGCCAAAGAUGCUGGCUUGGUGUGAGCCCCAGAGCUGGCAUAUCUGGUCGGAACUGCAGGGCCUACAUGCCAACGCCCAGGGAGGAGUCAGCGCCCCUGGGAAACAAAGCCUCCCACACUGAAACCAAAAAAUUAAAACCAAACCCAUAAAACCAAAACACACCCAAAGAAGCAGCCACCACCAUCUGGUCCCCUGCCUGGAACUGGCAAUGAAGACACAGGAGAGACACAGAGAUGUGUGCAACCCAAAACAUGCACGCCCUGGCCUCUGGUGCCCCGAGACACACACACAACCUCAUGUCCUGGGAAGGCAAGUGUGCUUCUGGUGCUUUCCGCAGAGGAGUCAUUGGUUGUACAGAAGAUCAUAGUGACCAAAUCCAGUCUCCUGCCUCGGAUCUCUCCAGCCAAAGUCUGUGGAUUCCAAGUCUUUUGAGAUGCUUCUGGCUCCUAUCACCUCCAACAUCCUUGUCUGGGUCCACCCGGAAUGCUUCAUUUCCUUGGGGCUGCUGUUUUCAGGUUGAGGGGCCUGCUGAAAAUCAUUCUCUCCCGUGGGCAGUGUCCCAGCACUCUGGAUGGCCCUCUUACCGACAUCCGGUCUUCCAGGCACUCAGAAGCUGGGAUCCGACAUCCCAGCGCCACCUCUACCAGGUCUUGCUUUGGGCUGGAGGCAGCCUGUGCACUCACACACCUGUCCUCCUGGAAGGGACCUGGUUGGACUAACGGAUAACCUGGAGCUGGAACUGCAUCGCUGGGGGAUUGUCUCUUAGUUGACUUUUUUGGACUCCCUUCCCCACCCACCCCCAUUCCAGGCUUUCCCUUGCUUAUUUCUUUUGUUCAACAAUGUAAGAACAAUCAGCACUUACUGCUGUUCCCACCAUGAUUGAUGUGGGGUAAAUAUUAAGGAGAUGGCCUCAUGGGGAUUUGACAUUGACUAGAAAUAAGAGAUUGAGGGCGAGCAACUGGCUGGAAGUCUGCUGCACCAGUCCUAGCAGAAGCAGCGUUGGGGCCUGGCCCAGAGCUGUGUUGGUUGCUUACAGUGUUGACUGUGUUGUUCUUUUUUCUUUUUGCGUCUUUUCUUUCCUUCUCCUGGUACCUGGUCAUGAUUAUGAAGCUUUCAAAGUAAAUAACACAAAGUACCUCCCAAAUAUUACUAGUGGGUACCAAAAAGCAUCCCGUGCAUCUUUUCCUUGUUUUUAGGUUUUAGUCUCUCUCCCUUGGCAUCCGGUUAGCUGCUGAGGAGAGAGGCUGACAUGUAGUCUUUGAUGCUCUUCCAGGACACGAAAAGAACCCACCUUUGAAUAUUGUUUUUUUUUUUUUUUUUUUUUUUUUUUAAAGUACUGCUCCAGGGA